AUGUCAGGAAAUUUACUGACGUACACUUUCCCUUGUAUUGUCGCUGUAGUACUAAAUACAAUUACUUCCACGGCGGAAAUGCGAUAUAAACAGCAAUAUCAAAUAUAUAAAUCAGGUAAAAGCGAGCCUCAACCGGUGGUCGAGUAUUACAACUUGAACGGAACGCAAUAUUUCUUCUUCUCUCAAAAAUUGACGUGGGACGAAGCAGGAGUGUUGUGCGGUAAUUACAACGCAAGGCUCGCUAUCCUAGAUACCAUGGAGAAAGCCAUCAGCGUCGCACAAUCGAUCGCGGACUCCAACAUAGAAAUCGAGGAAGAUUUGUGGCUCGGAGGUCGACGUUUGGGAAACACAUGGUCUUGGAUGUACAAUCGCGUCGAGUCGUGGAGGAACACCGAGAUACCUUUGGAGCCGGACACGGAAGAUUAUCCUCCGUGGAGCAGAAGGCCGUUGCGACCGAUGAAAGAGUGCCUAGCGAUCGAUCGUCGUGCUCAUUCUCAUCCUAACUUCGUCGACCUCGACUGCCGGCUGCAGCGGCCUUUCAUUUGCGAAAAGGGAUUCGAGGAGGACGUCGGCAAACCUGUGCCAUCCAAGUGGCUGCGGAUUCAACACCGCACGUAUGUCCUCUACCACGCCAGGGUAACCUGGGAAGAAGCCGCGAUACAUUGCCGUUUAUUGGGCGCCAGAUUGGCGAUCAUGGAGAGCUCCAACGUCAUAGAAAUUCUCGCUAACAGCAUGACGAAGACCCGACCCGAUUUCGAGACCGUCUGGAUCGGAGCGCACUACUCCUAUGGACAGUGGCUGUGGAUGCCCACAGGCACGAGUUUGAGCCCGGUUACGGACGUGAAGAGUGGCUACCCACCGUGGAGAUUCGGCAGAUCCGAGAUAAAUGACGGUUGCCUGCUCCUCGACCGACAUCUGGACAACACGCCGAGCUUCGUCGAGGCGAGAUGCGACCGCAAACGCGACUUCGUAUGCGAGGAAUAUCCGGAAGACGAGACCGGCAACUGGUUGAACGAACCGAUGAAAUUUAUGUACAAUGACAGCAUCUACGUCAUUUAUCCGAUGAAGAAGAGUUGGCACGAGAGCAGAGCGUUCUGUAACGAGCAGGGUAGUGUGCUGGCUUAUAUGAACGACAUAAACGUGACCAAUCUGAUAGUCGAAGCGAUGGGCGAUCAUCCCAAAGAUAUAACUCACGUUUGGAUCGGAGGACACCAGAUUAAGCCGAACGAGUGGCGAUGGGCGCAAAGCGGUAAGAGGAUCGCGGAGAAGAAGGACUCUUCCGGAUUCCCACCGUGGGCAAACAUGAGCGUGCAACUCGAUUAUUACAGCGGAGUGUCGACCUGCCUAAAUUUGGAUCGCAGCGAUCACGUGAAGCCGCAUUUAUAUGGCCUUGAUUGCGGCAGCAAGCAGCCGUUCGUUUGUAAAAUAACGUGUGACGUAACACCACCCGUGAGGAACGGUAAUUGGACGUGCGAGGACACGCGAGACGGCAAACACUGCGUAUUACAUUGCGGCAAAGGAUUUAUAAUAUUGGGCGUAAGAAAUGUAUCAUGCACGCAUCGAAACGGUUGGAAUACCGUGAAAAAUUGGCUCGAGAUGCCGUUAUGUCUCGGAACAUUUCAGUAUUUCAAGUUUGCAGCCUCGAGGGAUUACACGAGGCGAAUGGUGAGAUCCUUAGAUCACGAUCUACGAAGCAGCGCGGGCUAUUACUUCAUUCUGGAUCACGUGAACGAGGGAAUACGAUCGCUAUCGUUGCGUUUUAUCGAGCGAAUUCUCAAUAUCUUUCCGAUGAAUUAUAAUCUCCAAAUGGGAAUGUAUUGCCUGGUGACGAGUCCACCGGUUCAAUUGCCAUUCAAUCAAACUGACACUUGCGCCGUGCUACAUACGGUCAAGUAUCUCGCUAAGAAAUCGAGCGUGAAAGACAGUCGCCAAGAAAUGCAUUCCAGUAUCUUACAAAAGCACCUCUCGGCGCACAAAGGAAAAAAAGUUGUGAUAUUUACAAUUGUCGACGCAAACCAUAUAUCUCGCUACCUGGAAAUCCUUGCAAAUAUGAAAAUUAAUGACAAUAGAAUCGUUGCGAUCGGCUCGAAAGACGACUGGGAGAUUUUACUGGCCUUAGCUUCUGUCGGCUUCGAUCGUCGUAAAAAUCUUUAUCUAUUCAAUACGAUUGAAUUCGACACGAUCAUUAAAGAACUGUAUAAUUUCAAAAAGAAGACACUGAAAUGUCCAUCGAAACAAACAACCAUCAUCAACGUACAUCCGACCGAAGUGAGUGCAAACACAACUCUUCAUGGGCCAAAUAACGUGCAAAAUACUACAAUGCAAUCUAUUGUCCGUGAUAUUGUAACAAUACCAAGUGGCUUUACUGAAACUAAUCAAAAUCAAGAUGACACAAAUCUGCAAGAUCAAGCAAUACUGCAAGAUGGGAAUAUAAUGAAGAAGGAUCAAGAUCUAGAGUCGAAGGAACAAUCAUGGGAAGAUACAGCAGAUGAGCAUUCAUCGGACGGCACGCUCGAAGAUCCUGAAAAUUUUUAAAAUAACAUAGAACAAUUUAAUAGCUUGUCUGUGCAGAAAAGUUGCAGCAUCCAUCCUAAUGAUAUGCGAACAUAUAUCUAAUGUUCCACACUGUUUUGAUUAUUUUCCGCACACCUCACGAACGGCACACGAACAACGCACGGAAGACAUUCACCCAAUCGUCAUUUUCUUUGGCACUUUAUUAACGCAAAUAA